AAGGGAGCCGGCCCGGGAAGCCUGGAGUGGGCUGCGCCCGUCUCUGGCCGCCAGAUUUCAAAACUGUAUGAUUUGAAUACAUCUUUAAGCUUUUCUGAAUUUGCAAUCAUGAACAUCAAUGAUUUUGUGAUACUCCCUGGUUCAAAAACUGGAGUUUCUGUAAAACUGAAGGAAAAAAGUGUACAGGAGCUGCAAUUGGAAAAGGUUCAACUGGAAUUUGAAAAUAAAGAAAUGGAGAAGAAAUUGAAGCAACUGCAAUCACACAUGAGCCUAGAGAAACAAGAAAGAGGGCGAGCAAAUGGGUAUCGAUGGAAAUCAGGUCAAGCUAAUCUACAUACACAACCAUCCAUCUUACAAAACAAAGAAAAUGCUAUAAAGGUUCCUUCAGGCAGAGUAAAACUGAGGCUACUUAAAGAACAUAUUCCAGCUCCGGAUCCAGCCAAGCAGCCAUUUGUACUUAAAACAGCAAAUGAUGCAGCCACUGAAAGACCUAAAGUGAAGGGCAAGGCCUGUGGUCAAUGCGAGAUGAAGGCUGCAUUGCUAGUGUGUUUAGAAUGUGGAGAAGAUUAUUGUCCUAGUUGCUUUGCCAGAAUACACCAGAAGGGAGCACUGAAACUCCACAGAACAACUUCUUUGCAGGGAAAAGCACGUAUCUCAGUUGGAAAACUGGAAGCUGCACAGCAGUUCCUGAAAACUGUCAAUCCAACGGAGACUAAUGACUUCAUAAAUAAUGGACAGGAAAAAAAAGUGACCACUAGAGUAGAGGAUAUAGUUGCUGUUCCUCCAUUUUCACCAAAAACACCAACGGAUAAUACUGAGAAACAUUCUAUAGAACUUUCUACCGAGGGCUGGGCUGAGAUUCAAAAUGGUGGAUUUUUUCUGCAUGGUACCUUUGAUGAAAAAGAAUCUGCAAAGUCUUUUCAAGAAGCUCUAAAUCAGUGGAGAAGUGGAAAUUGUUCCCAGAAAAGUAAAGAAGAACGUUCCUGCCAGGUUGGGUCAGAAAAUUCGGGUACAUGUCAGGUGCAGACGAGCCCUCCAAUUAUGAAAAAGUCUAUUGAAAUUGAAUUCAAAGAAGAUAGCUUGAACUAUAUGGAAAGAUUAUUAAUUAAGAAGCAUAGAAGAACUCCAGUUGAUCAAUUGUCAUAUAACAUUAUAAUGGAUGAAUUAAAACUCAAGGAAUCAUUGUCAAGUGAAAUCCCUGAUACUUGCAGCAGAGAAGAGGAAGAAGAAGAGGCAGAAGAGGAGGCGGAGGCAGAGGGGGAGGAGGAGGAGGAAGAGGAAGAUAUAACAAAUGCUCGUGAUAUAGCAAUAGAAAUGAAAAAGUAUUGGGCAGAUGUUUUGGAACAUGAAGAACUUGAUAUUGUUCCUACAAGCUCUGAGCCUUCUUUGAAAAUCAAGAUCCUUGAUGAUGCUUGUAAAGAGGAGACAGAAGAGUCCACUCAUUUUAUAGUAAUGGAAGCUGGGUCUGAUGAGCUGAUAUAUUAUGGUGGUACUCAGAAGACUGAACCAGAUAUUUUUCUGCCACCCUCCAUCAGUAUGACUACAAGGUCACCUCUUUCUUCUGUAGUCGACAGAAAAAAGGGCUUAACUUUUCUUUGUAACAGACAUGAAGAAACUUCUAAAACAAGAGCAUCUCCACAGUUUGAAAGAGCUGACGUGGCUGAUAGUUGUUCCUGUAGAGAAGACAUAACUCCCAACUCCUUAUCUGAAAGAGCAAUAACAAAAGGCAAGAAUAGUAAAAUCAAAAAGAAAAGCUUUUGCAUGUCAAAUGAGCAGACACCAAGUCGUCCUCAACUGGCUGCCAGCAAAUCUUUCUCUGCAAUGGAGUUAGUUAAAGAAAAGAAGGAGUCUCAAGGCAUGCAUGAUGCUUCACCAGUUGCUCCAAAAGAUUCUUUGUUGUCACGGGUAGCCCUAAGAGAGAAACCUGUUUGUAACCCAUAUCAAGGACUUGAGGAAUUUUUUACAAUGGGUACAAAUUGUCGACAACUUAAGAUGGAAUCCAUCCCUUCACCAUGCAAGGCCCGAGAGUCUCCAAAGAAUAUCAUUUCAUUUCCAGGACCUGAACAGUGGACAAGGCACUUGAGUCUGGGAGAAUGUGCUGAUGAAUCUGUAGUACAAGAAAUAAUGAACAGUGAGCUUGGUAGACCAUUAAGUAGGCUGGGAAAGCAAAAUCCACGUACUCAACUUUCUCAAUCAAACUUAUCCAUAGAUAAUGCUUCCUCAAGACCUUUCUCUGCAAAUAUUCCCCUUUGCAGAACUGCUAAACACCAUCCUCGCCCAUCUUCAGUCAUUGAAACAGCAUCCAAAUAUUUGAAUACACAAUUUUUAUCAAAAGCUGCUUUUGAAAUUUCAGAAAUUUCAGGCAUAGAUGUCACUGAGAACGAUGAUCCUUUUUUAGAGUAUUACACUAGUCAACAAACCCUAACAGAUUUAGACCAUGAAUUAAAGAGUAUUUCAGAUUCGUGGGAAAAUCUCAAUGGUUUAAACUGUGGAGACUUCAGCAGACAUUCAAAAAUCACAUAUCGGGAUUUGCAUAACAACCAUGAAACAAAAGACUAUAGUCAAGGUGAUGCUGUAAGUCUCUGUGACGAACAUUAUACAGAUGAUGAAGAGGACCAGAUGGACAGACAACAGGUGAUAGAAUUGCAAUGAAAAAAGAAUCCAACCUCAGAUGACCAUCUAUUUCAGCUUUCUAACCAAUCCAAAAUGCUUGCCCCAUGUAUGGUGGAUCAACUAAACUCAUGAGGAAGUAAAUAAAUAAAUUAAAUACACAUUGAUACUAAAAGAUAAAUGAAGAAAAAUAUAUCUGGGCUUUUCUUACAUCAAAACUCCUGUCUUUUUCUGUAAGAGAAUUUAAUUCAUAUUUGUCGUAUGUGUACCAAUGAAGCAAGGAGUCAGGUUCAUCCAGAAAAGUUGUUUAUAUAACUUUCUAGUUCCUCAAAACUCAGUGUAAGGAUGAGUGACCAAGUGCUCCAAACAGAACUGGUAACCUCUUGACUAAUGAUUGUAGCUUGCCUGAAUAUCCACAAAGGAAAGGACAUUAUGAGUACUUCUCUUAGGGAAGUUCAGGAUUUGCCAUAGUUCUGCUUAUUUUGAAGACACUGGCAGAACCUAUGACACAUGUGUCAAAGGUGUCAUAUCAUGACAUUUUGGGUGACAUGCCAGUGUCCACCGACACUCAACAGCUAUUCUUGAAAUCACAGCCCGUUCUCGCAUGAUUUUUGAAGAAUGUAAAGGCCAUGCAAAAAUGGGGCAUGCUCUCAUGGUCUCUGGAGCUUUCAAAAAUUACAUAAGAAAUGAACUUUUUUGUGGUUGUAAGCC